CACUGGGUACAUUCUCUGUGUUAUAUUUAUUAAAUUUUUAUCACGUAUAUGGCUAAUAUCCUAAGUCAAGCAAUACAAAUGUGUGGAUUAUCCAAGAUUUUCUUAAUAUAUACGUGAAUGAAUACAUAUAACUGUACAACACAAACACUUGAUUUGAGCCAGCACCAUGUAGCACUUGUACCAGGCUCAUCUAAAUAUGUGGUUCAGUCGAGACAACACGCGAAAGAAAUGCAAUUCCAUACCUGUUAUAGGCCUCCUGCGUUGGAUACGUGCCCCGUAGCUGGAAGAGCUUGAGAAUGUGCGACAUAUCUACAUGGUUAUGAUUCUCAAAUGCUUCGAGGGGUACCCAAC